AUGAUCUCUCUCUGAACCUAACUGUAGCGCACUUUGUGUUCGUUCUUCAAAAUGCUACAUUACUAAACCCCUAUACCUGAUAGCGAAACAUCCCUGGGAAUAGUUAUCAGUAAAGUGGUCUUACAUAAAUUAGUCUUAAGUGCAGCUUAGCAAUGUGCGUACAGCAAACGCUUCUGACAAGCACGAUUCAUUGUGUAUAGAUAAAACUGAGAUGUUCUUGUGUUAUAUUGUAUCCCUGUAUGUCCAUGUAGGCUUUUCUGGUGCGCUCGCGGCCCGAUCAUACAUUCGUCCAUUUUUGUCGCCGUCGUUACUCCCACCUCUCGUUUCGCUUUGCUUCGUCCUAAUAGCGCUCUCUCAGCCUAUUGUGCUCUGUGCGUGCGUCUGUCCCUUGCAGGCGCCGUGCUGUGGAUGUAAGCCUUCCGUGCCUUAUUGCCUGCCGUGUUCGUGCAGCCGGCAAGAGUGUGGUACGCUUGUGGUGAUUUCAGCCGGGCACCGGACUGGUGUGGCACGCCGCUGCCGACGUAGUUUCGGAGCAACCGCCGCUGGCCGACACAGUUCGGCUUUGGCGAGCCGCAGCGAAUUUCGUUAUUGUCUGUCCGUUGCUUCUCCUGGCUGGUUAGUUGGCCACUUUAUCGGCACUGCCAUUGCCUUCAUACAGGCUCUUGUCCUGUAGUUGCUGCCUUUCCACGGCCCCUGGCUAUUAUAGCUGACCGGCGAUUCGCCGAAAGCUGUGCGCAGCUCUUUGCUGCAGCCGCUGCUACCAUCGCGACACUCUUCCACAGCAGCGCUGUAUUAUCUCCAGCGGCAGUGAGCGUGUUACGACUACAGUCACCAUACAACUAAUAUUACGUACCGGCUAGCUAGGCAGUCAAUUAGUUGAAGCUGCCUGUCUUAUAGAGCUGUUUGGCCUGUGUGCGUCCUGUACCACGGCGGUGGCGGCGGCGGCGGCGGUGGCGGCAGCAGCGACGGAGACGGCGAUUUGGGAGCACAGUAGUGUACAGUGCUGCUUGCUUGGGGUGACUGUUUGGUUCAUUCGCUUGGCGCUAGUCGCUGCGGCUGCUGCUGGUCGCCGUUCGUUAGCUGACGACUGGUCGGCUGUGGUGAUUCGUCGCUGUUGGAUGGUUGCUGCCCGCUGACGUCGGAUAGCCGGGUUGCGACUGCUAGUACUGACGACGACUAGUGCUGUUGUUGCUUGUGCUACCGCCGCCGCUGACCGUGUGGUGCGGUGCUGUGCUGAGCCCGAGCAGGCAGGCAGUCAGUCCGUCCGUCCGACCGUCGACGAGUGUGUGAGGCUUCGGAAAGAAAGCGCUGUUAUUGCUGCCAGCAAAAACAGUAUCCUAUAGAACAACCCCAUCGAACUCUGGAUUAGAUCGUUCCACUUUUCAAGACUAGAGGAAACACGUCGGACAAGGCGUGUAAAGCCCACUGCUAGAUCACCAGCUCCUACUUGCUGCUGCUGCUGCUGGUGCGAGUAGCACAGCAACUAGCGGACCAACUGCAACAGUUGCUGCGAGUAUAUAGCGUGCACAUAACAAUAAUCGCAGGAACAACAAAAAGCUGCUGUGCAAAGUGACGGUGUAAGGAGAGGUAACUAAGAAAAAGACGAACGUCGAAAGCGAUGGCAGCCAUUCGGAAGAAGCUUGUGAUCGUAGGCGAUGGCGCCUGUGGCAAAACAUGCUUGCUGAUCGUAUUCAGCAAGGAUCAGUUUCCAGAGGUAUAUGUGCCCACCGUGUUCGAGAACUACGUCGCCGACAUUGAGGUCGAUGGUAAACAGGUCGAGCUCGCAUUGUGGGAUACUGCUGGUCAGGAAGAUUACGAUCGUCUCCGCCCGCUGUCCUACCCGGACACAGAUGUCAUUCUAAUGUGCUUUUCUAUUGACUCACCCGAUUCUUUGGAGAAUAUACUUGAAAAGUGGCACCCUGAAGUGAAACACUUUUGCCCAAACGUUCCAAUCGUCCUAGUGGCAAAUAAGAAAGACCUACGCAAUGAUUCCACCACUAUUAAGGAAUUGGCGAAGAUGAAGCAGGAACCUGUGAAGAGCGAAGACGGCCGCUCGAUGGCGGAGAAAAUUAACGCAUUUGGAUACCUUGAGUGCUCUGCACGGACUAAGGAAGGCGUUCGAGAGGUGUUCGAACUGGCUACUAGGGCAGCCCUUCAGGUGAAACACAAAAAGAAGAAACGUUGUGUUCUUAUGUAAAUGUUUUCUAUUGCACACAAGGAGGUGCCGGCGAACGCAAAAAAGGCGCGAUAUUAUUUGCUCGUGAAGGAUGAAAAUUAAAAAAAAAAACAGAACAGAAAGAGAAGUAAGCAGGCGACGAGGGUCUCUGACUGCAACACAACUGAAUAAAACCACCAUUAUUUACUAUACUAUUACUGGCAGAAAAUGAAAAAAACUGAUGAUACAACAUGAUCAUCAUGAUAUUGUUGCCUAUGCCCAUAAGAAAAAAAAUAACAAUGGUAAUGAAAAGCUAAAAACAAAAGGGAGCUUCGGCGCAAGAGCAAAUAAUAACAGUUUAGGUAGAUCGAUUGGAGCAUGAGGAAGCUGACGACAGUGUGAGAAACGCGACCUUGCCUAAGCUAGCAAAAGUAUACGAAAAACGUAAGCAAUGAUCUAGAAAAAAGGUAGAAUAAUAAUAAAAGGAAAUUAAUAUCUUGGAAGCUUGAGGUAGUCUAAGGAGACGCAUUUGAAAGAUCUAAGUUGAUAUUCAUAACACAGAAUAGUGAAUGAUAAUGAUGAAAACAAAACCAGCAAUUGAGAAUGGAUGGAAAAACAGAAAAAAGUUGGAAAAUUGUGUGUGCCGAACCCUAUAUGGAAAAAUGUCAUACCGCGAAAGGGGUACGCACAUAUGAUAAUGGUGAUGCUGUAUGGUACAGAAACAAAAAAGGGAGCACCGCUGACGUCGCUGAAGACUGUAGUAGAUAAGACAGAUGGAUGGCAAAAAAUACGAUAUAUGGGGGAAAAGCAAAAUAGAAAAAUAGCUGAGAACACAUAGAAACAGUAGAUGUGCUAGGGGGGAACCGGGGAGUAGCUGGGGCAGCAAAGAAAUUUGUGCUUGAAAAAUGUCGAGAUUGAAAGCGAGCAAAAGGAAAAGC